AAAGCCACGCGCCAGGGAGGAAAGCUCUGUCUCUCUGCUAUCAGAAAAGCCUGUUCUUUGGUUCGGCCGUGUUACAAACACGACUUAGUCACCGCAGAAAGGCUAGGACGGAUGGCAAUAGUACAUUUCGUAAUAUGUUAAUGUAUGCGUCGAAUAGGCUUAAGGUGACAUUGUAGCUGCUCAACGACCAGCCAUCCUCUCGCCUUUUCCUGAAUAGUGUAGGUUUUGGCUGGAAAAUACUACGUCGCACAUUUCUACUGCUUACCCCACCGCUGCAAGUGCUGGGUCGCCGAGAUCGGCUUAACAAUGAAUUGGCGUUCGCUGACUGUAGCGGCACCGACCGCUGCACUGUGGCUCACCACGGUGGCUGUGAGUGCCGGUCUAGCCUCCGCUUCGGCUCUCGACGGUACCGGUGGAGCCAGCUGCCGGCUGCAGGAGACCAGCAUCCGCAUCACGCGCGAUCACAGCGACGACCAAGGAAGCCCCGUCCGCACCUGUGAGGGAACGGUGCUCGUGAGUCGCUGCGAGGGCACCUGCGUGUCCCAGGUCCAACCGUCCAUCACGCUACCACAUGGUUUUCUCAAGGCAUCAUCUCCACACUUUGGAACAUCGGAGUGCAACUGCUGCCGCGAGACCUACAUGAACCGGCGCGAGAUUCAGCUGCAGGACUGCUUUGAUCCCAACGGACAGAAGCUUUACGGUGCCGACGGCAGCAUGACCAUAUUUCUCGAAGAGCCCCAAGACUGCUCCUGUCACAAGUGCGGAGGCUGAUGGAGGAAUGGCGUGGUCUCACCGGAUGCCGUCGGAAUGAUCCAAUACCACGCGAUAUAGUGCAGUAACUGUUAGCGCGGGCUUGAUAUGUGCUUGGUGUCGCAUAUUGAUACUGGCCGCCCACAUCGGAAGAACACGAAAGAAAGAAUAAAUAUGAGGACAUUCUGGGCCGUUGCGCAAUAGUAAUAUUGCACGCUGUUGUAACGCGUUUUUGAAUGUCUAAAUAUCCGUUUCAUUGGCUUAUACCGAUACCCGACAAUGCCAUGACUGAUAUGGCUUAGCACUACCAGUCAGAAAGAAGAAAACAGAAUCGCAUGAACGAAAGUAUUGCAGAACAGGGUUGUCGAAUUCUUAAUUUUGACAACUGUGGUCGAGAUAUAUAUUCUAUAAAAUUUCAGAUUCAAAAUUACAUACGCUGCAGUAAGCCUCAAAUAAAGCACGCUGUCCGUCAAUGUCAAAAUGUGUAUUGUGUGUUGUCUGCAUCAUGCCGGCGUGGUGUACUUUUAUCCGUCAAUGCGGCAAAAAUAAAUUGCGUUCUCUGAAAUAUUCUGUGAAGCUGCGCAUAAUCAUCUCACGUGCUGGCCUUUGGGCUUGAUGUAAGGAUUGCCAAGUCAGUGCACGAGUGCUUUUGAUGUCGCACAAUUUCCGUGAACGCAUCAUUAAACUCGUUGCUUAU